AGAUACCUUUACUUAAAUUGUGGUCUAAUGAAUACUAUUGUAGUCUGAUGAAUUUUAUUAAGUAAUAACUAAAUGCAUAGUAUGAAGAAUGUUGGAGAUGCAAUUUCGAACAUCCACGUGACCGAUACCACGUCGAAGACGACUCGAUCGAUCGCGAUCCUCGUCUGAAACGGGAACUGCCCCCUCUUUUCUGGUUCGCGUUUUGCGCUCUCUAUAUCCCCCCAUCCUUGAUCGAUCCCACUACUACUUGUCCUCUCCACCGUCAUCGUCGUCGUCGCCACCUUCUCUCUACUAUCGUGGCCCCCGAACUGGGCCACGGCCUAAUUUGCAGAACUCUCAGCCUCGUCGUAGCGUAAAGCGCGUGUGUAAUAAGCUUCACGGACUUGGAGCGAAGGGCACGCACGUGUACCAACAGACCCGACUCGAGAAAACGUGGUCACGAUCCCUGUUCCAAUAUAAAUAAUAUCAAACGCGUAUGCAAAUGUCAGGUGAAUGCACCUGUGCACACCUGUCUCAAAAACCGCGAACGUUUUAAUACCUUGAUAAUCGUAAAUAGGGUGAUCGAUAUGCACAUGGACAGCUUAUCGAGUCUCCCUUUGAAACGCUAUCGAAUCGCGCAAGGUUAUAACGUCGAUACGUAUGUAUCAUCGUUUUUAACUUAUAUAUAGGCCGCUGUAAAAUUUUCAUAUCAUAUUGCAACGGUGAAGUAUCUCGAAUGAUAUGAGGUCAUUCGUCAACCGGGGGGCUUAGCGGACUCGCGUUACGCGCAUUGUUGCAGAGCCUCGGUUAUCUCGAUCGGUCGAUCUAGAUUGUGUUUGGUGUCACAUCAAUCCGGAUUAGCGGUAUCUACGCUCCGCGGAAAUGCAUGACGCGAGCGCGCGUUAUAUUAGCGUGCACGGAGACGCGCGAACGCAGUGCGAGCGUAGACGUGGAAGGCAACGAAUCGCGAAGUACAAUUUCUUGAUACCGUUCUCCGUAAUAACGUCUAUACACAUCGAUUGAAGAAACAUUUCAGCAGAUGUACUAAGAAGACAAAUUAUGGUGGCAGAAUUUGUCGCCCGUCAGAGUGGGUCACCGAUCAAUGGUGAGACCGCGUGUUUGAACAGCAACAUGCCGGCCACCCAUACAAUGGCGCACGCCGGCCACGGCCACGGUGGUCACGAUGCUCAUGGACCUUUGCCACCAUUGACGCAUCCAGCGCACCAUGGUGGACCACCGUCCAUGCAACAGCAGCAACAGCAUCAGCAUCCGCCUCAACAGCCACCGCCGCCGCAACAGCAGCCCCAACACCACCAUCACCACCAUCAGCCUCAGCAACAGCAGGCGCAACAGCAGCAGCAGCAGCAGCAACAGCAGCAGCAACAGCAGCAACACCUUCACCACGAUGCCCAACAGGUGACACACCCCGAAAAUUUCCCCCCGAACUUCGACAUCAGAAAAGAGCUAUUUUCUCAGCGCAAGCAACGGGAGUUCAUACCGGACAACAAGAAGGACGACAGCUACUGGGACCGCAGAAGACGCAACAACGAGGCUGCCAAGCGGUCUCGCGAGAAGAGGCGUUUCAACGACAUGGUGCUCGAGCAGCGAGUGAUGGAGCUCAGCAAGGAGAACCACAUCCUGAAGGCGCAGCUCGAAGCGAUACGAGAUAAGUUCGGUAUCUGCGGUGAAUCCGUGAUCAGUACGGAACACGUGCUCGCCGCGUUACCCGCCGAACCACCCAUCAGCGUUAAAAGGGCAAAAUUGCCCGCUUCGGCUGCGCUGCUCUAUGCCAGGACACCUAGUCCUGUGCACACGUCCGUUAUCCAUCAACCGGUAAGCGGAGCACGGUCGCCCAGGUCACCCGCACAGCUGUACGUUCCCGAAACGACACCGUACCCGGAAACGGAGAGUUUCCAGUAUCCCUAUCCUCACCCGGCGAUGCACCUCGACACGACGAGCGCGUUGAAUCUGUCCCGCGGACGACGCGCACAGUCGCCCUUCGAGUUGUCGUCCGGCAGCGGUGACGAGGGUCCCCAGUUGGUGGUUAGUCCGGUAGCUAACAACAGUUUGCCUCACAAACUGAGACACAAGUCGCGCAUCGGCGACAAGGACGCAGCCAGCGCACUGCUCGCGCUUCAGGGUAUCAAACAAGAGCCAGGACCAAGGGCGUCGCCGCCAUGGGACAACGAGGGCUCCAGCGACGAACGCGAUUCGGGCAUUUCCCUGGGAGCCGAGUGGACCGGCCCCACCGUCCCUACCGUUCCUGAAAGCGAAAGGGAGGUAAAGUCGAGGCUCGAUCGCCUCGCCUCCGAGGUUGCUUCCCUCCAGUCGAUACUUCGUCUGGGGAAGCCGGCAGACAGUCUGGUCACGGGACACACGCUGCCCGCGAACACCACCGUCAGCGGGCCGUGAGACGAACGCGAAUGGCCGUAUCUUCGCAGCCUUCGAGAGGACUCGCUACUAGCUAUUUGUCGUUGCACCGUCAACAACCAUCCUUGCGAUUCUCGAACAGACCCCGGGCCACGGUGACGGCGACGACGAUGGCGACAACGUGAGAAUCCCCUCGUAUCUCGCAUCGAAAAACGGAGAGAUAAGAAAGACUUUCGACGCUUUGAUCGCGCGAACGUUCCAAGUGUGAUGGUUAGUUAGUUGGUAGUAGGAAGUAAGUAGUAGUCACGCGAUAUUCUCCCUCGAGUUCGUCCCUUUUUGUACAGAUCCCUCGACCGACUCGAGAAGAACACGUCGUUUCGAAUGCGACUACUACCGACUUUGCAGUAUUGGAUCCUCGUGUACUUUUUUUUGCUAUCGGCCAAUGUCGCGCGUUACGAAUCGCACGUACGGUUCCUUGUGUAUAGAUCGACUAGAGAUGCGCGAAAAAAGAACGGCAACGGUGUGGAGCUUUUGUCGGGAGGGUUUUUCUUUGAUUUCAAUUCGGUCGAGCGCGAGGAUCGGUCGGAUCGAUCAUCGUUUUGGGGUUCUCCGAAAUUGGGUGGUGCCGCACCGGUCCUCGUGCUCCAUCGGGACGAAUUAAGAUGAUAAGAAAGAUGCGACAGAUCCUAGGUGUAAUAAGUAACUUAUGCUGUAAGACUUCCUUAGGCUAUCUCUCGUUAAUAUUAUUAUCAUUAUCGUCAUUAGCGAGUUCAUUUGUUGAUUCGGACGGUCGUGUAGCGGCUGAUUGAGCUGGGUCUGUACCCGUUUGACUCGCAACGAUUCGAAUCAAUUCAAGACUCGAUUCGCAUCGUCCGAAAGUGCCGAGAGAAACGAACUCGCGUGAAUUCGAGACUCUUCGAACAUGAUUAAUCAUUUUUUGUAAUUAUUUAUUCUUAUUGGACUAACCACGUGAACUGCGAUAAAACGGGGGAAAAAGAAACAGUGACUUCGAAGAUUCUCGGAUUGACGAGUCCCAAGUUUCUCUCGGUAAAUCGAUAAUUGGUCGCGCAACCGGCUAUCUCACUACCGCCAAUUAUGCUUAAACGACUUAAUCCCAGCAUCGUUACGGUAUCUUUUCUCUUUUCCAAAAAGUGUAGCAUUCUCGUCUAUGUUCUUUCCUUUCGGCGCAACGCCACUGGCAGAGAACGUUUCUCUCGAAAGAGACCUCCAAAAGUGUUUAUUGAUGUUUGCGCGUGGCGUUCGAAUUUAGUUUAUUUGCUCAUCCUAUGAUUCUUCCGUCGUCCUCGUCGAGAAGUCCUCGAACGCUCUUUUCCUUGAAACUCGAUCUAACGACGACGAUUUUAUCCCACGCCGCAACAACUUCAACUUUACGAUUCCCCAAAUCUCGUUGGUGUCUUUCUUCUCGCGUCUUCUAGAUCAUCUUUCUGUCUUCUUUUUUUCUUUUUAUACAUUUUACUACUAGCGAUUAAUGUGACUGCGUGUGUACAUAUACGUGUAAGUGAGACAACGAGCGAAUGGAUACGUGUAUAUUUCGGGUUAAUUUUUGUUGUUCGUUGAUGUCUCGUGAUAUCCUCGAUAACGUUGGCCCCAGCAAGUGAAACGUGUUGUCUAAAAUUAGAUCACUCCACGAGUGAUGUCCUCUUGACGCGUCACUUUCAAAUUCGAACUUUUAUUUAAUCUUGUACACUUACGCGUGAACGACAUUACUUAUGGAUAUCCUAAUACGUGAGCCUACAGGUGUAUGAAACAUACGUAGGGUGCCCAAGACUGCGCCAAACUUGAGUACAUUCUGUACGAACAUGUUUCAUAAACUGUCCAAUUUGCAAUUACAAAAUAUUACCUUCAUCUAUUAAAGUUUGGUACAGUCAGACACCCUAUACAUAUAUAAUGCGCAUAUGCAGAAGAUAUAUAUUUUUUAAAUCAACAUAUUUUUCGAUAUCGACUGUGUCAUACACGAGGAAGGCUCUAUGCGUUUGAAAGAAGAGAGAAGUCGAAGGUCUUUUCGAAGUUUCUGACGAAAGGUGAAGAAUAUCGGUGGAACGCUCGAAAGAAACCAAAGCAAGAAACAGCUUCAUGAAUUCGUUUUUAGUAAAAAAGAAGUUCAAUCGAUAUUCUCGUCUCGCCAGUGUGAUAAACCGCAAAACGUUAAUCUAAAGCCACUGUAUUUGUAAAACAUAUCUUUAUUUAUUACUAUUAAUCCGAGCUAGACACUUGGAAAGAAGUAGUAUCUCGAAUAAGGAAAUGUGUACUGUUUCCUGUUCGAGAAUACUAUUUCUUUUUACAUAGCUUGUGUGUCACGGGAAGCAACUGCGCCAACGAUAAAUGAUCGAGACAAAUAAACAAACCAAGUUCAAAACGCAUAUCGUUCGUAAACCCCACACGCUUCUGAGCAGUUCAGAUUUUUCUACGACACGUCUCAAGACUGUAUUAAUCGUUAAUCGGCGUUAUUCGCGGAAGGAUCUCUGUUUUUAUUGUUUCCUUUUUACAGCCCUCUCACCCGCACCCUCUCCCUCGUAUCCCUUAAUACUCGUUUGUAUUUUUUACGUUAUUUUCCUUGCGUGAAUUUUCUAUAUUUUAUACGGCAUGUUUAUACGUAUCGUUGUUAGAAUUUUCUGCGAACGACAGCCGACGGAUCGAUGCUCGAUUAAUUUUUCUUUAUCGUCGCUCAAACGCGUGUCUUCGUGGUUUGCUCAGAGUAAAAAUGAGGAAACUACUGAUCACAUUCAAUGAACGAUUUCUGUAUCCUCGUUUAUGAAUAUAAGUAUAAUCAACUGUCGGAAAAAAUUGUGCUAAUUUAUUUGGAAGCUUCAAACAAUAUUCUUACUCGGUGUGCACCGUUCCGCAGUUGAUUUGCCGUAACAUACCACGAGUGCCUAUUAAUGAUAACGAGAAACUGAAUGUUGUGUCCUGCAGUAAAGCUACGAGUUUUGUUAGCGACCCGAGAUUAAAGCACGUUUAUCGCGUGAGAGGGAGAGAGAGAAAGAGAGCGUGUGCGCGUGGUUUCGAAAGCGAAACCUCGAUACUUUUGUAAAUAAAAAAUGUUAACUCGUGAUCGGUCACGUUUGUGUGAUCAGAAAGGAUGCCACGCGAACCGUGCGUGUACAGUGAGAUCUCGUCGCAGGUUCUACUCGCAAAUUCCAAAAUACAUCUGUAUCUCACGAUUACUUGCCCAAUGAGAGGAAACGUUACCUAUAUAUGACCACGCCGACCACGAAUCAAUAUAUUUGUACAUAACUGCACUUUCUUUUUUCUUUUGCCAAAAAGCACGAUCCUACUCGUGCCGAAGAAAUGGCGCAGAUGUCGUGAACGCGUGCGUUAAAGAGAGCAUAUCGGCCGGAGAAGGAACUAUGAACGAAUAACUUUUCUUCUGAACCAUCGUCAUCGUGUCUCUCCUCCUCAACCGUACCCCUGAAAUAGCUUUUUCGAGGACGUUUCGAAUACAGUUCCUAUGCAGUAUGGUAAAGCGACUUAGACUUGGUCGGCUGUUGUCCAUUGAUCAAACGAUUCCAACACGACACUUCAUUAUCCUUCCUCCGGCUGUACGGAGAUAUAAGUAUUUAGAUCUAAGGGACAUAUCCACAAGCGUGUAGUGUACUUGUAUAUGAAUACCGAAAUAAAUAUUUUCAAUGUUUUUGACAAUA